UCUCUCACUCUCUCACUCUCUCCCUCGUCCUUUACGACUUCACACGCGCAACUUUUCAUUACCCGCUCGAUCUGCACCGCAAGUGGGGGGGAAAAAUGGCAGUCGACUAUGGCGUGUACCUCGUCACCGACUCGACGCCCGCCAUCCUCGGCUCGCGCAGCCUCGCCGGCGCGGUCGAGGCCUCGCUCCGGGGCGGCGCCGGCGUCGUGCAGUACCGGGACAAGACGGCCUCGCACGACGACGCGGUGCGCACCGCGCGCGAGCUGCUCGCCGUGACGCGCCGCUUCGGCGUGCCGCUUCUCGUCAACGACCGCGUCGAGGUGGCCGUCGAGGUUGGCUGCGAGGGCGUGCACAUUGGCCAGGACGACAUGGAGUUUCAAAAGGCGCGCCAGAUGCUUGGCCCGGACAAAAUCAUUGGCGUGACGGCCAGCUCGACGGAAGAGGCCCUCCGCGCGUGUGAGGCCGGCGCGACAUAUCUCGGCCUCGGCACCGUCUACGCCACGCAGACCAAAAAGGACACAAAGGCCAUCAUCGGCCCUCACGGCGUUCGCGACAUCCUCGCCGCCCUCGCCGCCGCCGGGCACGCCUCUGUCCCCACCGUCUGCAUCGGCGGCAUCAACGCCUCCAAUGCCGGCGACGUCCUCCUCCUCGCCGCCGCCGCCACCACCACCACCACCACCAGCGGCAGCACCCCGGCCAAGUCGCUCGACGGCGUGGCCGUCGUCAGCGCUCUCGUUGCGGCCCCGGACCCCGCCGAUGCCGCGCGCCACCUCCUCGGCCAGGUCCUCCGCGCCCGCGUCCCCGACGUCGUCCGCAGCGUCGCCGCCACGACCCCCCUGUCGCACAACAUGACCAACCUCGUCGUCCAGAACAUCGCCGCCAAUGUUGCCCUCGCCGUCGGCGCAAGCCCCAUCAUGGCGAAUUACGCCGAGGAGGCUGCUGACCUAGCUCGCCUAGGCGGCGCCCUCGUCGUCAACAUGGGCACCGUUACCCCUGACGGGCUCAAGAAUUACCUCCAGGCGCUCAAGGCGUACAACGACGCCGGACGGCCUGUGAUCCUCGAUCCGGUCGGAGCCGGCGCUACCGCCGUCCGCCGCUCGGCCGUCGAGACGCUCCUCUCCUCGGGCCGUUACGCCGUCAUCAAGGGCAACGCCUCCGAGAUGCUCGUGGUGCGUGGCGGCUCCGGGCCCCUCGCCCAGCGCGGCGUCGACUCCACGUCGCAGCUCACCCUCGCCCAGCGCGCCAGCCUCGCCCGCGAUGUCGCCCGGCGACACCGCUGCGUCGCCCUCGUCACGGGCGCCACCGACCUGCUCAGCGACGGUCGCCGCGUCGUGCGCGUCGACAACGGCCACGAGCUGCUCGGCAUGAUCACUGGCUCCGGCUGCACCCUUGGCACCGCCGUCAGCGCCAUGGUCUGCUCUCCCGUCGGCGCCGCGGAACCUCUCGCCGCGGCCGUGGCCGCCACCGUCAUGUUCGGCAUCGCGGCUGAGAUGGCCGCUGAACGGCCCGAGGUCAGAGGCCCGGGCACCUUCGUGCCUGCCUUCCUCGACGAGCUGUAUAGCAUUCGCAAGGCCACAGCAGCGGGCGAUCUGCGUUGGCUAGUGCUGGCAAAGGUGCAGGCCAUCGAUGUUCCUGAAGAUGACGCCUCUCCAUGACCGGGCUGACAGUUCUCUCUUCUUUCGUCCCGGGGGAGCGAGGAAGCAGCAUGCGCGGACCUGCAGGUUUGGAUAGACAAAAGGCCUAAUGAAGCUAUGAGAUUAUACACCAAUAGCAUUUUCCAAUCCUAUGAGAGCCCAUGAAAUCGUCAAAACGCCAAUUGGUAACCAAUGCCCAUGACCAUAGGCCCUCGAAGAGCACCUAGCGGGCGGAAUGUGUCCAACACCUUGAUCCAUGCUCGCUGCGAAUUCCACCCGUCGCGUGUGUCCAUUGAUCUACGCCAUAGAAGAUGCUCCCCACGAC